AUGGAGUCUGCGGUGAAAUGAGUGUCUUUCUACUGAUAAAAUCAUCCGUGGUCUCAGCUUUUUGCUGUUUUGUCUCCAUGUAAUGAUGAAAUACUGUGAGUUGGACUAAACAUGUCACUGAAAUGGACCCAGUGGACAUUUUAGAAUAAGAGGAAACUGUUUUUGUUGGAGUUUGAUGCACUUCUGAAACACACAGACUCUUUACUGAUGAGAUGACAUAACUGUGUACAUGCUCGUUUGUGUGUUUGUUUGUGUAUUUGUUUGCUGAACAUAUCUUCCUGAUGUGGUUUCAUCUUGAAGUGUCAAUCACUGUCAUACUGCUGCUGGCAGCCCCUCCCUCGCGCAGGCGCAGUGCCUGCUGUCACCUGGUCAGAUACGUUCGCGCCCAAACUGUGAACAAUGGCGGAGAGGCAACAGCAGAAACAUGCCCCACCAUUAUCCACGUCAAAGAGAAGAAAUAAGAAGGAUAAAUACCAGAGCGUCAUUUCAGAGGUGGAGGAGCUGCGGGCUUUGUAAGGAGUUUUCUGCUGGACUGGGCUGAGUGCCGUCUCAUCACAGCUCCGUCGUCAGUACCAUUUUGUUUCUGACCAGAAGAACAUGACUGAAGCUCAGAAGUACUGUAGAGAAAAAUACACUGACCUGGCAACUGUAGACAACAUGGAGGACAUGAAGAUCCUGAUCGACAUGGCAGAUAGAAGAAAAGUGGUGGACUCUGAAUACAGCCAGUUUGCCUGGAUCGGGCUGUAUGAUGACCUGGACAGCUGGAGGUGGUCACUGUCAGACACCAGGAUCUACAAAGACGGGGAGACUGAGUUCAGACGAUGGUCGCCUGAAGAACCAAACAACGAGAACGGUGGGGAACACUGUGUAGAGAUGUAUGAUAACGGACUGUGGAACGAUGUCGGAUGUCACAACCUUAUUAAGGCGGUCUGCAUGGACGUCAGAGGGCCGAAUGUGACGUUUGUCCACACUGAAGAAAAGAUGAACUGGACUGAGGCCCAGAGCUACUGCAGACAGCACCACACAGACCUGGCCAGUGUGAGAAACAUGACAGAGAACGAGAAGUGCCUGUCCUCCAUAACGGAGUUGGCACCCGGAGAAAAAAGCUUCUGGAUCGGCCUCUUCAGAGACUCCUGGAAGUGGUCGGAUGGGAGUAACUCCUCAUUUCGGUUCUGGAGACAGACACCAAGGGAACCUAACAACAGACAUGGGAAGGAGAUUUGUGUGGCUGCGAACUUUAACAACACUGGAGAAUGGGAGGACUGGAUCUGUCACCUGAAGAGAGCAUUCAUCUGCUACAGUGAUGCGAGUCUGACAGCUCACAUCAGAGUGAACAGGGAGCCGGUGAAGAUGGACGUGGUUCUUCUGCUCGUCUUGGCUGCAUCAGGGCUGAGUGCCGUCUCAUCACAGCUCCGUCGUCAGUACCAUUUUGUUUAUGACCAGAAGAACAUGACUGAAGCUCAGAAGUACUGCAGAGCAACAUACACUGACCUGGCAACUGUCGACAACAUGGAGGACAUGAAGAUCCUGAACGACACAGUAGAUCAAAGCAAAGGGUCUAUUUUAUUCUGGAUUGGGCUGUAUGAUGACGUGAACAGCUGGAGGUGGUCGCUGUCAAACACCAGCUUCUACAGAGACGGGGAGGCCGAGUUCAGACUGUGGCAGGAUGGACAACCAGACAACUAUAUCAGUAGACAGCACUGCACCGUGAUGAUUAAUGGACAAUGGAACGACUAUGAUUGUAUGGCUCGCCAUAGGUCGGUCUGCAUGGAUGUCAGAGGGCUGAAUGUGACGUUCGUCCUCAUCGAGACUCUCAUGAACUGGACUGAGGCCCAGAGCUACUGCAGAGAACACCACACAGACCUGGCCAGUGUGAGAAACAUGACAGAGCACCAGAGGGUAGCGGACCUGGUACCUGCAAAACAGAUAGCCUGGAUCGGCCUUUACAGAGACUCCUGGAAGUGGUCGGAUGGAAGUGACUCCUCAUUUAGGGACUGGACUCGAGGUCAACCUGUCAAUGAUGUUGGUAAUGACGCUUGUGUGGUGGCAGACUUCAGCAGAAGUGGAGAAUGGUGGGACGAUCCCUGUGGCCGGAACAGACCGUUCAUCUGCUACACUGCAGUUCAGACAACAAGCAGCAGCAGCACCACAACAUCCAGCACAACGCAGCCUGACACCUCUGCAGUUCAGACAACAAGCAGCAGCAGCACCACAACAUCCAGCACAACGCAGCCUCACGCCGGGCUGAGUGCCGUCUCAUCACAGCUCCGUCGUCAGUACCAUUUUGUUUAUGACCAGAAGAACAUGACUGAAGCUCAGAAGUACUGCAGAGAAACAUACACUGACCUGGCAACUGUAGACAACAUGGAGGACGUGAAGAUCCUGAUCAACACAGUAGAUCAAAGCAAAGCGUUCGAUUUAUUCAGGAUCGGGCUGUAUGAUGACGUGAACAGCUGGAGGUGGUCGCUGUCAAACACCAGCUUCUACAGAGACGGGGAGGCCGAGUUCAGACUGUGGCAGGAUGGACAACCAGACAACUUUAAUGUUAGAGAGCACUGCACUGCGAUGAUUAAUGGACAAUGGAACGACAUUGAUUGUAUGACUCGCCUGAGUUCAGUCUGCAUGGAUGUCAGAGGGCUGAAUGUGACGUUCGUCCUCAUCGAGACUCUCAUGAACUGGACUGAGGCCCAGAGCUACUGCAGAGAACACCACACAGACCUGGCCAGUGUGAGAAACAUGACAGAGAACCAGAAGGUAGCGGGCCUGGUACCUGCAGGACAAUUUGCCUUUAUCGGCCUUUACAGAGACUCCUGGAAGUGGUCGGAUGGAAGUGACUCCUCAUUUAGGCACUGGAAGCAAGGUCAACCUGCAAAUGAUGUUGGUAAUGACGCUUGUGUAGUGGCAGACUUCAGCGGAAGUGGAGAAUGGUGGGACGAUCCCUGUGACCGGAACAGACCGUUCAUCUGCUACAGUGAGUGUUAACGUUUGAUGAA